AACUUGAGAGAGGAAAUAACAAAAUUUCUAGUGGGCUAAGACAUGUUCUAUGAUUAUCAGCCCAUUGGGCUUUUACGAUAUCAGUUUUAGAAUUAGGGUUUUUGGCAAAUGCUCAUUUAUAAACUAGAAGAACCCUAGCCGCAUAUAUUUAUUUGGUUGAGGUUUCUACCGCAUUGUCUCUCUCCAGACGAAAAAUGGGUGCUUUCAGGUUUCACCAGUACCAGGUUGUGGGAAGAGCUCUACCGACAGAGAAGGAUGUGCAGCCUAAGAUUUACCGGAUGAAGCUCUGGGCCACGAACGAGGUUCGUGCCAAGUCCAAGUUCUGGUAUUUCUUGAGGAAGCUCAAGAAGGUGAAGAAGAGUAACGGACAGAUGCUCGCCAUCAACGAGAUCUAUGAGAAGAACCCAACAACGAUCAAGAAUUUUGGUAUUUGGUUGAGGUACCAGAGCAGAACUGGGUACCACAACAUGUACAAGGAGUACCGUGACACCACUCUUAACGGAGCUGUCGAACAGAUGUACACUGAGAUGGCUUCUCGUCACCGUGUCAGAUUCCCUUGCAUCCAGAUCAUCAAGACAGCCACUGUCCCGGCCAAGCUGUGCAAGAGAGAGAGCACUAAACAGUUCCACAACAGCAAGAUCAAGUUCCCAUUGGUGUUCCGCAAGGUUAGACCACCAAGCAGGAAGCUGAAGACGACUUACAAGGCCAACAAGCCCAACUUGUUCAUGUAAAACGUCUCUGAUUGACUCUUUUUUGGGGUGGAAUCGAUGUUGAAGCUAUGCUCUCUGUUGUUUUUGAUCUUUUCGGAUAUUUUUGUUUAUCAUCAAUAUGUUAGGCGUACUCAUGAAACUCAACUCGACUUUGUCUGGAUUUUAUGGUUCUUGUUUCCUGCUUAUGAAAAAAACUUUCCCUUAUUGGCUUUUA